AUGGAAUCAGGUUUAUCUUCAAAAAGAGAUUACAAACCAGCAGAUCCACCUACCAAAUAUCGUGCCAUAUCAAAGAAUUUGAUAUGGCACUGCGAUAUUCAUUACCUUCACGGUAAUGUUUCUUUUCCAUUUUUUGCCAUAUUGGAUGAUAUGACACGUAAAGUUGCCAAAACUAAAUUAUUGAAAAACAAGUCUUCCAACUCAACAGCGAAGGUUUUAAGAAAACUUUUAGAGGAGUUUAUUCCUUACUGCAUCUGGACCGAUAACGGCAGUGAAAACCGCGGUGAAUUUGGCUAG